AUGUCCAAUCCAUCUCCCACACCACCACCACCGAAUUCGGGUGUCUCUCGGAGAAGUCUUUCUACCAUCUCUGCACCUUCAUCCAACAGUAGUAGUGGUGGAUUUGGUGCUUUUUUGAAAUCAUUCAUGGGAACAUCGGUACAUGAAGGAUCUACGAACAGCCUUUUAGAAGGAGAAGAUCUUCGGUCGUUAAAUAUUGCUACAACAACUAGUGAUCAGAAGAGCCCGAGUUCUGGAGGUGCAAUGAGAAAAUCAUCCAUCAUGGCAUCAUCUAACAGUUCAAAUUCAUUAUCGGGUGGAAAUAACUCUGCUACGGAUGGUCCAGUAAAUAUUCCGUUGGAGAGUUUAGAGGAACAUGUUGAUUAUUUAUUUGAAAAUUAUCCUGAAACGAUGAGAAGAUAUUCCGAAGACCAAUUUAUGAGUAUGAUCUCUAGAUUUACUCAAGUACCAAAAGAAAGUCCUUCAGCAACAACAUCAACAACGUCAAGCAACUCAUUGAAAAAGAAUCAAGAACUUGUGCCUCUUUCUGAUGAGCAAAAGCAAGUCUAUUUCAACAAGUUCAUAAAGUUUAAAUAUGGAAAUUUGGAAAAGUUACAGAGUGGAGAAUAUUCGACCAAUGGAUAUAUUUUCAAGAGGAUUGUUUCGCCUUUUUUAAAAAUUCGUAAAAUUGCAAUUCGAUGGGGAAUUUAUAUUGAUUACAUUGGUAUCUAUUAUUCGAACAACACACUAAAAGCUUACGGAAAUCCCACUGGAGGUACAGAUGGAGCGGACAUUUAUCUUUCUGAAAAUGAAUUUAUUGUAAAAGUAUCAGGCCUACAACGAGAAGCAUUAAUUCAAGUUAAAUUUGAAACGAACACUGGAAAAGUUUUUGGACCAUUUGGAAGUCACAAUAAUAUCACCGGUGCUGUACCUUUCAUGUCUUCUGGACCUUUCCUCAAGGACAUGUUCGUGUCAGAGGGCAAAGUAGGUCCAACCAUUUUUGUAAAAUUUCUUGUUGUGACAGGAGUGUGCCCUGAAUGGAGUGGCUCGCCAUCAUUUCAGAAAGGUAUUUCAGAAUGUUGGUCAGAGCUAGCUCAUAUUCAUGAAACUGUUGAAACCCUUGCCAAAAAGUCCUGUAAUACUACUACUUUUAAUCAAAGCCCCAACAACUCAAUUGUGUUAGAAAGCAGUAACGUUCAGACCGACUCGAUACACUCUCCUACUGAGGAAGUGACCGAUCAUACCUCUCUAACCAGUUCUUCUUUCAAUAACUCUCAUCCAACGGUUGCAGAUGAUUCCAGCAAAACUUCGAUAGGCGAUAUUUAUCAAGAUGACAUUAUGGAUCUGAGACGAUCACUGGCCAAAUGUUAUGAACUCCUUCAGAAAGUGCAUUCCAAUGCAGAGAUUCAAGCCUCAACCUUCAACGAAAAGCUGUACAAAUCAUUCCAUAAUUUAUUUACCAACACCUCGUCACAACCCUCAUCGUCAUCCUUAUCUUCUCCUAACGAUCAUCAUUGA